CAAAUCCAAAAAUUAAUCGGAGUGAAUUCUUUGUAUCCUGGUACUAGGAUACUUGUUACCACUAGGGACAAAAGCAUUCUGAAAAUCAGGGGAUUUAAGUAUGAUAUCAUGCCUUAUGAAAUGGAGGAGUUGAGCCACAAAGACGCACUUCAACUUUUUAGUAGGCAUGCCUUCAACGACAACUCUCCUCCUGCCAAUUACUACACUCUUUCAAAAAGCAUUGUCUCUACUACAAAUGGACUCCCUCUAGCUCUUGAAGCAAUAGGUUCAUCGCUUUUUGGUGAGGAAACAAGAGAAAUAUGGGAAGAGUGGCUACAAAAGCUAAAGAAAACACCUCAUACGGAUGUCUUGGGAAAGCUAAAGAUUAGCUAUGAUGCCUUAGAGCCUAAUCAACAACAAAUAUUCCUCGAUGUUGCAUGUUUUUUCAUUGGUGUGAAUAAGACUAAUCCAAUGUACAUGUGGAAAGAUUGUGAGUUUUUCCCAGAGCAUGCCAUCAAGGUCCUUAUUAAGAGGUGCAUGAUAAAGGUUUUAGAUGGUGAUAGAUUUGGGAUGCACGAUCAAUUUAGAGAUCUUGGAAGCCAAAUUGCCAAACAAGAGCAUACCAGGUUGUGGGAUGAAAAAGACAUCAUUCGCGAAUUAAGAUUAACAUCAACAGAGAUCAAGGAAGGCGUUCAAGUUGAAGCACUCCGUUUGCUAUCAUCAUGGGAUCGUAUAACUGUCACUUCAGAGGAAAUUAAGCGGUUCCCACAUAUACGGUUUCUUUCUUUGUAUGACGUAAACUGCCAAGGUGACUUUACAGGUUGUCUUUCCGAGUUGAGAUGGAUCAAUUUGCGUUACCCUUAUAGAAGUAUUGACGAACCCCGCCGUUAUCAACGUUUGAAGGCAACCAAUUUGUCGCAUCUACAAAACGCGGUUGUGGUGAAUCUUUCUGGGCUUGAAUUCACAGAUGAUGUGUUCAAGAGCCUAAUCAAGAGGGCAAGGAAAUUGAAGGUUCUCACUAUUAAGCAUAAUGACUUGAUCUAUGGGACACCAAUCUUUCCAGAGGACUCAGCUUUAGAGAAGUUGGCUAUUUGUGACAGUUUUCUUUUCUCGGAAAUUGACCACUCUAUUGGGAAUCUGAGGUGUCUGACUGACUUGAGCCUUGAGUUUUGCCAUGCACUUAGAAAAUUACCUAAACAAAUUGGAGAGCUACAGAGUCUACGACACCUCUCUCUUAAGUUUUGCCGUGGCUUGAUUGAACUCCCUGACUCAAUUUCGAAAUUAGUGUCGUUAACGAAGUUGGAUGUAUCAUGCACGAAAAUUACAAGAUUACCAGAUUCCAUUGGUAUACUACCAAGCCUGAAGUAUGUCGAUGUAUCAUGCACACCAAUUGAAAAAUUGCCUAGUACAAUGAGCAAGUUUCAUCAACUCCGAACACUGUACUUGGGUCCUUGUCAUGGGAUACAAGAGUUGCCGAAGCUCCCCAGAAGUAUGACCACUUUAUUGCUGCUAAAAGAACUUACUCUUUAUGGACUGGACUUGCCAACUUUCAAACAACUUCCGUCAAACUUGAUAGUUUUAGAGCUCUACAACACUCACGGAAAACAAGUACACCUCGAUGGGCUUCCUCCAUCGAAAAAGGAGACUGUAUUCGUUUCAUCAAGUUCGAGAAAAUCGAGAGAAAACAAGGUGUACGAGCAACAUGAUGUUCAAUUACUCAAUGUCUUACAAUCGUCGGAGAGAUCACGUAUUCAGGACUGCAAAUCUUCCGAGAAGUUGGUCUGUUUGCUAGAGGAGCUGGGGUGCAAUGAACUACAAGCUCCCGAGUUGAUUGAUCAUUGGAGGGGAACCUUACAUUUCCCAAGCUCCCUGAAGAUGCUUCAAAAAUUCGUUCUGUCGGGGUUCCCAGAGUUACAGAAUAUUCAAUUUGUUUCUAUGUUGGAAUCAUUGGAAGUAUUUUCUGUUGAAGAUUGCUCUUCAUUAAAAAGCUUAGGCGGUUUGUCAAACUUGAACAAUUUGAAAGAUUUAAGUAUUAUCCGGUGCAUGAGCUUACAGGUUGUUGAGGGCAUUGAAAAAUUAGAGUAUUUGUAUCAGUUGAAUAUCAAGGAGUGCAGAUCAAUGGAAAGGAUUUUUGAUGCAUCGAUACACAUAACAUGUAGUGCUUCUUUUUCCCAACUUGAUUGGGCGGUCCAUCGUCCUCACGAUCCGUCAUCGAUUCCGAGAUCGUCAAGUACAACAGCAAGCAAUGAUGACCCAAGACCCCUAAAGAUGCUUAAAAAAUUCCUUCUGUCUGGGUGCCCUAAGGUACAGGAUAUUCAAUUUGUUUCUACGUUCAAAUCAUUGGGAAAAUUUUCUGUUCGAGAGUGCUCUUCAUUAAAAAGCAUAGGCGGUUUGUCAAACUUGAAGAACUUGAAGCAGUUAAAGAUUGACCAAUGCCCGAGCCUGCAGGUUGUCGAGGGCAUUGACGAAUUAGAGUUUUUGCAGUGGUUAGAAAUUAUUGGGUGCAGAUCAAUGGAAAGGAUUUUUGAUGCAUCGAGCUCAAAAAUACCAAAUGAGUGCGUGAUAGAAAUACAAGAUUGUGAGAAGUUACUCAACAGUAGUGCAGAUCCUCAUUGCAACGAUUAG